AUGGAGUCCAACGAACGUGGCUUCUCUACCGGGGCGGCCAUUAGAGCCUAUCUCCCAGCUUUCCUCAUAGUCGCCGUAAUUCUUCAUCUACUCCGUAAUAAGUAUCGCCCAGUAUUACGAGACAUCCCAGGCCCUACUAUUGCGGCAUAUACGAAACUCUGGCGACUCUACGAUGUCCGUCAAGGCCAAGCACACCGCACAGCCAUUGAGCUGCACCGCAAAUACGGUCCACUGGUGCGGAUUGGGCCCAAUCACGUAUCUGUCGCGGAUUCCAAAGAGAUAGCGAACAUCUACGGUUUAAAAACAGGGUUCACCAAGGUGGCUGUUACUGAAAGUGUGUGGACCGGAUUCUACCCGAUCCAAUGCAUUAGCUGGCAGAAGAAGCCGCAGAUGAACUUGUUUUCGACCCGCGAUGAGCAGUAUCAUCGGGAGCAGAAGCGGCCGAUCGCCAGUGCGUACAGCAUGACAUCCUUGCUUGCGAAAGAGGAUGCUGUAGAUUCGUGUUCCUUGCUGUUCAUGCAUAAGCUCGGCGAGUUCGCGACGCAGAAGAAACCAGUCGAUCUUGGAGCUUGGCUGCAGUACUACGCUUUCGACGUAGUGGGCGAGUUCUCGUUUGCACAGAAGCUUGGGUUCCUGGAGCAAGGAGCGGACGUGGAUGAUAUGAUGAAGAGUAUAGAGGGCAUGCUGGUCUACGCCAGCCAAUGUGGCCAAGUCCCAGAGAUGCACCCAGUGCUCCUCGGCAACCCGCUCUUCCCGAUCCUCUUGCCGGCGAUGGAGACAUGGAACCAAGUCCUAAAUUUCACCCUCAAGGCCGUCAACUCCGUAAACAAGAAAGGCAAACUCGACCGGGACGGCGAGCUCGACGCCGCAGCCCUCGAAGCACAAGGCGACAUGCUCUCGCGCUGGUCCUUCAUCAAGCUCUCGGAUCCAACCAAAAUGAGCACCCGCGACAUAAUCGUGCACCUCUCGACCAACGUCUUCGCCGGUUCCGACACCACAGCAAUAGCACUGCGGGCAAUCAUCUACUUCCUGAUCCGCAACCCCUCCACCAUGCGCAAGCUCGUCUCUCAAAUCGACGAAGCCGACAAAGCAGGCAAGCUAAGCCACCCCAUCAGCUACAAAGAAGCCACGACGCACCUGCCCUACCUGGACGCCGUGAUCAAGGAAGCCAUGCGGCUGCACCCGAGCGUCGGCCUGCUCCUCGAGCGGCACGUCCCGCCCGGCGGGGCCCAGAUCUGCGGGCGCCAUAUCCCCGGUGGCACGAUCGUAGGUAUCAACGCAUGGGUGCUGCAGCAUGACCCCGCUGUCUUCGAGGACCCGGAGGAGUUUAGGCCGGAGCGUUGGAUUGAAGCGUCGAAGGAGAAGCUGAGGGAGAUGGAGCAGAGUUUCUUUGCGUUUGGGGCGGGGACGAGGACGUGUAUUGGGAAGAAUAUUAGUCUGAUGGAGAUGAGUAAGGUGGUGCCGCAGUUGCUGCGGGAGUUUGAGGUCAGGCUGACGGAGCCGGAGAAGGAGUGGAGAGUCAAGAACGUGUGGUUUGUACAGCAGGAGGGGCUGAUUUGUGAUCUCAUAAAGAGGCGGUGA